AAAGCACAUAUAAAAACACAUAGUGUGGCCUCAGAAAAAAACAGAAACAAAAAAAAAAUGGAUUUCAUCAGAAUGAAAAUAUGUCUUUCUGUCUUAUUUUUUUUCCAUGUUUGGUUUUGUAGAGCUUUUAAUGAUGUCUCAACAAUUCCUUUUAACAAAGGAUUCAGCCAUCUCUUUGGUGAUGGAAAUAUUCUUCAUGCUAACGAUGAUAACAGCCUUCAACUUCAUCUCAACCAAAACACAGGUUCAGGGUUCAAGUCUUCUGACCUUUACAACCAUGGUUUCUUCAGUGCUAAAAUUAAAUUGCCAUCAGAUUAUACUGCAGGAAUAGUUGUUGCCUUCUAUACGACGAAUCAAGAUGUAUUUAAGAAGACACACGAUGAACUAGAUUUUGAAUUUUUGGGAAAUAUAAAAGGAAAAGCAUGGAGAUUUCAAACAAAUAUGUAUGGAAAUGGAAGCACACAUAGAGGAAGAGAAGAAAGAUAUACUCUAUGGUUUGAUCCUUCUAAAGAGUUCCAUCGUUAUAGUAUUUUGUGGACCAACAAAAACAUCAUAUUUUAUAUAGAUGAUGUUCCAAUUAGAGAAAUUGUAAGAAAUGAUGCAAUGGGUGGAGACUACCCAUCAAAGCCAAUGGGCCUAUAUGCAACAAUUUGGGAUGCUUCAGAUUGGGCUACUUCAGGUGGAAAAUACAAAACAAAUUACAAAUAUGCACCAUUUAUAGCUGAAUUUACUGAUUUAGUACUCAAUGGAUGUGCAAUGGACCCAUUGGAACAAGUUGUAAACCCUAGUCUUUGUGAUGAAAAAGAUGUUGAACUCCAAAAGUCGGAUUUUUCAAGGAUUACAUCGAGACAAAGAAUGUCCAUGAAAAGAUUUAGGGCGAAAUAUAUGUACUAUUCUUACUGUUACGAUUCAUUGAGAUACUCAGUGCCACCACCAGAGUGCGAGAUUGAUCCAGUUGAGCAACAACAUUUUAAAGAGACUGGAAGGUUGAAGUUUAUAAACAAGCACCACGGACAUCGUCAUCCUAAGAAAACAAAAAGUGAAGUUCUUGAUGCUAGGAAGUAUGGAAAUGAAGAUGAAGAGUGAUUCAAAGUUUUGUUUACUAAUAGUAAUAUUGUUGGUGUGUAUAUAGAUAAAAGGAGGGAAAGAGUGAAUUCGUUUAUUUUUCUUGGAUUAUAGAUUUUGUUAUAGGAUAUAUUGUCAGAGUGAAGGGUGAAAAAUGAUUAUAUAUAAAGUGUGAACACUGAUUGAGUAGUUAUAUUGUAAUAUAAAUAAAGAGAUUGAAUUAUGUAUAUUGAAUUACUAUUAAAGACUCCA